AUGCCGGGGAGGAGACUUUUGAACUCCUUGCGUUGCAAAGAGUUGCCUCGGGCGUUACCCGUGCGCAGCUCAUCCCAAGCCAUGCCCAUGGGACCCUCGUCAGGCUGGCCCUGUGUCGUGACGGCAUCACGAUGCAGGAGUUCUUCGAGCUAUGGAGGGAAUGGCAACGGGGCAGCUGUACCUGGGUGGAACCCUGGACAGGCUGCGGAGGAGUCGUGCGGGCCAACGACGAUCGCAGACGAGCAGGAGACGCCGUGUGACGCAUCCUGGGUGCCGUGGAGGCUGAGGUGGAGUGGAUCCCUGGGCCAUGCCGGCUUUGCUGGAUCCCUACGUUCACAUCUUGUCCAACCUGUGGCGGAGCAGUCUGCGAGGAAUGCCGACGUGGAGGUGACUUCUGCCCCUUCUGCGGCUCCUCUGACAAUGAGCAGUGAGUCGGUCCUGUCUGGGGAUGUCAAGGGGGUGGUCCAGGGAGGUUGUAAGGCACGGGAGAGUGCCGGAACCAGAUCAUCUCCAUCUACAUUCUCAGCCCUGGCUCAACUAGGACUCGCGGUUGCUGCCGGUGCCAUGGCGAGCGGCAAGGGACGGUACGCUCUUGAGGCCGCGGGUGAAGCAAGCACCUGGGACCCAGAGCAAGCCGUGGAAGUGGCCACUAUGGAAAGGGCGCUGGAAGUGAGGCAACACUUCGGGUUAGCUGAUGAUAGUGACCUCGCCUAUGCCUUCGAGAACUACCAGGAUGCCAUGUCGGCAGGAGGGCAUGCUCUGGCGGCGCAAUGGGCCUCAGCCCGGUCCAAAGCUGAUGAAGGGUUGCUGGCGGCUGGAGCAAGGGCGGUCGAAGACAGUGGCGCUGGCUCAGCAAGAGAUCGAGUUCCCCGACCGACCGUGAAGCCGAUGAUCCAAAGGAGACAGGGAGUGACCCUGUCUACUAACAGGUACGGGCCUGAUGCAGUGGUGCAGAGGGUGGAGUCUCUUGCGCAGUGUUUCGAAGAAAUGUCUGUGCAGCGGCCGGCCCACAAGGUAACCGAGGCACGGCUGGAAGAGUGGAGGAAGCAGCUGCGGCGGUUGUCACAACAGAAAGUAACUCAGGCCGAUAGCCAGACGAUCAUCAAUGCCAUCCGCACCUGGAAGGAGCUGGCGCACUACCAGGAGGACAGGGGCCUCGAAGAUGGCACAGAUGGCCCAGCGAGGGCCCUGGCAUCUCUGAAGUGGCUCAACAAAGCAGGCACGAUGGGGUGGAACCUCACCAACAUCCAGCUUCCAGUGGCACCCAAUGUGAGGACGUGGAAGCGGCAGCAGGCAGUGGUGGCCGAGCCAGGCAUGAUUCCCUUCCUGGAAGCAGGCAUCAUCACCGCGGCCGAGCACAACAAUCCAGAAUGGAUGGCCUUGUUAGCCAACUGGUUAUGUGCUGUCGGAUGUUUGCGGCACCGACACAUCACCAAGAGUUCCCCCCAGCGGCUUUCCGCUUCUACUGUCCAUGCCUGGUGUUCGCAGGGAAAGCAGGCACACUCCAGGAAUGGAUUCACCUGGUCAGCCCCUGCAGAGUUCACCAAUGAGCUGCCCGAAGAGAAGCAGCAGACCUGUGGUAUGGCCUUCGACGGGGAAGGGAUCCCCUACCCUAUCUCGGAGGUCCAGAAGAAGGCCCAGCUCCUCUUCGAGAACCAUGUCGAUGAUGCGAGGAAUAUCACAACAUACACAUGGCGACGGGUGGCACCUACAGUGGGUUUGCUCUCGACCUUCACGGACUUGGAGCUGAACGCAUUAGGAGACUGGACGGAUGAGGUCAAAUCAUCUGCCAAGAUGCCAGCACACUGUGCCGGCUCCAAAGAAGCGAUCCUUUAUGCCAUCAUGGCCAACCUGACCAAGUUUGAGUCUUGGGAAGUGAUCCCAAUGGAUGAUCUGCAUGCCGCAGUGGUGCAGGCAGAGGCGACGGUUGCCAAGAAGAUUAACCAGGAUGUGGUCACCAAAUGGCAGGCGAAGGCAUCGCCAACCUCGGUGAAGAGGUCGUUCAACUUCGUUCAGCAAGCCCUUGAGCAGAGAGACAAGGCCAAAGAAGAGGCCGCCAGGGCAGGCCGCCCGGCAAUGCCCCCUUCCAUAGGGGGGAAGUUGCUCACCAAGUUCCUGAGGAACGGGACCCCACUAUGUGCCCUCUUUCAGUCAGGGCAGUGUGAGGAGGAGCAGUGCCCGGAAGCACACGUUUGUGCUGUUGUAUCCAGAACUGGACGGGCAUGCGGCGGCAAACAUGGUGCCUACGUCUGCUGGACGAAGAAGGCUCGAUUGGCGGAGAGUACCGUCACAUCUCCGGUGCUACCUCAUCCUUCCACUCAGGAGGAGGCCACGGUACAGGCAGUACCAGGCUGCACAUCAUCGAGCUCCUCAGAAAGCAUAGUUCCAUUGGCCAAGAGGGCAAGGAGGCAAGAGGCGCCGGUAACCCCACCAAAGGCUGGGGCGCCGGUGAUGCCACCAAAAGUACCUGCGGUGGUUCCUGCCCAAGCUAAAGCUGUACCGAAGCUGCAGCCGCAGCCAAAGGCCAGGAGAGCAGCAGCGGCGGGUGGAGCCUCCACGCCCAAGCAGCCGCCGGUGGCGAAGGCAUCGUCAUCCAGGCCUGCACUUGAGGUCCAUGAGUCAGGGAUGGUGGUUGAGUGGCCAGCGCACAUCCCAGCGGACGAGGACUUCGUGAUGCCCCCUAUGCCGGCAACCCUGGAUCCACCCCAAGAAGAAGUCAUUUGGGACCGCCUUGCAACGAUCAAGGGAAAGUAUGCCCAGGCCCCAACCAAAAUCCUGGAGAUGACUUCAGGGGGUCAGUUGUGGCUGGCCGGGCUUCCGACGGCAGCCAACAAACAUCGGUUUCCACCGGCCACCUUGCAGAUCGCAUGCUUCACUGAGAGGCCAGAGGCGCGGAAUGGAGUGGUGUUGCCUAACACGCUGCUGAGGCGAUUCCCUGUGGCCGUGGCAGCAGAGCGUGCAGAGGCGUGGAAGGAGCUAUGGCCAUUGGUCCUACAAUCCUUGUACUGUGGCGAAGUCAUCGUCACACACUGCAUUGCGGGUCGCCACCGAGCCGGAGGAGCCACAGCAUUGAUCAGGGCUGUGAUGAUGGGUGAGACUUUGGAGGAUGCUUCGGACUGGAUAGCCCAGAGAAGAGAUACCGAUGUGCCUGGCUUCUGCAGAGACAAGGAGGCCGCCAAGUGGCUGCAGGAAGCAGUGAGGAACACGAAGCGGAGGGACCGCUGGCCACGCCCAUCGGGAUAUCUGGCUACUCCGAGGAGCGCACUCCACUUGCAGGGCUUCAAGCAUGUGCCGCUUUGCAUGCAUCACCAGAAGUCGGACAAGGCCCAGCGCUUGACUGACCCUAUGUUCACCGAGGAUGGCGAUGAGGCACAUCAUGGAUGCCACGCGACGCAGGUUCCGAGUGAGUGUAGCAGAGCAGGGCAAGUGACACCACCUGAAAGCAGGGAGGGAGGGGAGUCUGUGUCCAGGGGGUCCUGGGUUCUUUUGAGUGAGCGGAGUAACCGCGUGCAGGUCUGUGUCUUCAGCUUUUGCUCAAGACAGCCUAGGACUGCUCGGGGGACCGAGGAGGGCUGGUGCGGGCGGAACCCGUAUGAGCUCAUCAGGGUGCCCACCGAUGUGGAGUUAUCACACGGGGGGACAGAGUCUGUGGCGCGGCUGGGCAUGGGGCCCACACCCUCUUCUGGGGUCGAUUUUCCACCUAUGCCGCCACAGUCCCCCCUUGCAGCAGACAUCAUGAGUGGACCAGGGGCACCAGUCAGCAAGGCGUUGUUAUGGUGCGGAUGGAGAGUUUUGCCCAUUGACAUCCUCCUGGACCCCACUCACGACCUCAGCGAUGCAACCCGCCAGGCACUUCUGCACGAGCAGCUACAAGAGGCUGACUGCAUCAUGGCUGCGCUGGAUUGCUCCACCAAAUCUCGGGCUCGAGAGAUACCACUGCACUUCAGCGAUGGCAGACCCAGCCCUAAGCCGUUGCGCUCCAAUGACCACCCAGAGGGCUUACCAGGGCUGAAUCCCCAGGAUGAAGCUAGGGUGGAGCGGGAUAACAAGGCAGCUGGAUUUGUCCUGGAAGAGAUCCAGGCCAUGGUGCAGCGGGGAGGCGCCACAAUUCGGGAGAACCCUGGCCGAAGCCUCCAUUGGGAGUUACCCGCGGAAAAGAAGCUGAUGGACUCGGGUCAGUACUGGGAGACCGAGUACUCUGCUUGUGUCUUCCAAUCGGCACGGUGCAAGUACCAGAAGCUGAGGCACAACGUCCUGGAGAUAGCUCAAUGGCCCAAGGCCCUAUGUGCCCACACUCAUGCAGGUGAUGAGUGGCGGCCAUGGACGGAGCAUGGUCAGCGGGUCUACCCGUCGAAAGAGGAGGCGGAAUACUCCGCGGGCUUAGCUUUUGCGUUAGCAGUUGCGCUUUCCUGGUGGGCGGUGCGAGUUGGGCGAGCUGUGCUCCAUGUACCUCGGAUGCCACCUAUGGAGGCGGUGGGCCGCCGGGAGCAUUGGCUGGAGCUGCACCCGCAAUCGAUGAGGAGUUGGGCAAUGGCACCGUUGGCCAUCCUGCUGGGUCUGGAGCCACCACACCCCCAGGAGCGGGCAAGGAUCCCCAGUCGGGGUCGGGUGAAAGAGCUGCUAUAUGAGGGGCAAUUGCCAGCAGGGGCCAUCUAUGUGGGGCAAGGUCAUCAUUCACACAGGUUACCCACUACUUGUUGGAAGUCACCGUUCGUUGCAGGCCAUGAUUGUGCUCCAGAUGAAGUAAUGCCCUUGUACAUCGACCACAUCAAACGUAACUUUGGCCAAGAGCUCCAUUCCCUGUUGGGGAAGAAACUAGUGUGUGACUGUGCCGAGGAUGAACUCUGUGAGGCGGACGUUCUCGCAGGCUUGGUGUUUGAAGCCACGAGCCCAAAUGCGUCAGCCCCACACCCGCGGGCAGCGGGCAUACCACCCAGGCGAGUUGUCCGGGGUCCCAAGCGAGGAAGUUUGGCCCUGGCUGCUUUGCAAGCACCGACAUUGGCUGGCUCGUCGGUCGUCAGGUGGACGCAAGAGGCGGUGGUCACAACCUUCCGGAAACUCUUCCCGGCCGAAUGGUUCUCUGGAUUCAAGUUCCCCAUGAUCGAAGACCUCGUGAACCAGCAUCCUUUCUGCAGUUACGUGCAAUGGCGUGAGUCGCAAGGGUUGGAGUGGGAUGGCCCCCUUAACCCUGCUGUGGGAUCUGGCGUUACCAGACUGCGGCAGAGGCACGCUGAUGGCAAACAGGCAGGGAGCCUGAAUCAUCGAGCCGCACUCCCACCUCUUCUGCCGUUCGGAUUGGACCCAGACGAGCAUUUUGAGGCCGCCUGCACUGUGGGGCAGUACCCUUUGCCGACGGAGAGAUCGCCGGUCGUGGACACUGACCUCCAAUUUGCUGCGUACAUGCAUGCUCAAGAGAAGGACUCCCUGGGGUCAUGGAGGAGGCGAGCUCUGGGCAUGCUGCGGGAGUUGAAGAGGCGAUGGACCCCAGUUACAGACCAGUUACGCACUCUUGAAACAGAUGCAAUCGCGAGGGUCACCACCAAGAGGGACUUGGGGCUGACGGCACUGCUGGUGGUGAUAGCCCAAUGGGGGGACACCUGUUACCCCUAUGGCCUUAUCACGGGGCUGCCAGCAGUUGGCACGGCGCCUUGUUACAGCAUCUUUCCAGCGCAACCAGGGAGCAUCAUCAACCUGGCCGAUGUAGUGGCGGACACCGACGAGCACAACCGAGCCAUUAUCGCGAAGUUGCGACCGGGUCUUCAUGAUGAGUUUCUGUUGUCACAAAGUUUGGUGGAUGCAGACAAAGGCUUUGGCACACAGCCUAUGAAUUGGUCAGAGCUUUUACGAGCCACGAAAGGACGCCCAUUCAGGCUCAUCCCGCGGUGUGUCAUUGUGCAGCCAAGUGGUAAGAAGCGUAUCAUCGAUGAUGCAGCAGUGGGCGGCCAAUCAGCACUUUCAUCUGACUUCAACAAGUUGGUACUGUGCAGUGCACUUCGACCAGCCCAACAUGUUGCAGCAGUCGCGAGCUGGAUGUCCCAGAGUGACUGGGAUCAUCACAUGACUUAUGACCACUUUGAAAGCGGAGGCGAGGAUUGGCCAGAUGCUUAUCGACAUAGUCCAAUCUCCAGGGAGGAGAGUCUCGGCUGUGUUGUUACUUGGUGGCAUGAUGAGUGGCAGCAACCCGCCUUCCAGCUCUAUAACUCCUUGCUCUUUGGGCUCCCACUGGCAGUGACAAGCUUCAAUCGCUAUUCCAAGUUUGUAGAAGCACUCGGACGACGCCUUCUUGCUUGUUUGGUGUCUAUGUAUUUUGAUGAUGCGAAUGUGGUAGAUUGGGCUAGCUCCAAAGGGGCGUCGCAGAUGGCAUUUAUCCACCUCAAUGAGAUCCUUGGCACCCCCUUUGCAGUGGAGAAGCAUCAGCCCAUGUCCAGCCAGGGGCUUUUCCUCGGAUUAGACCAUGACAUGUCCCAUUUGAACUCUACUGGCUCCAUUAGUUUUUGGCCCCGGCAACGCCUCAUCGACAAGAUCAAAACUUUGAUGCGUGAUUGUCGAACCUCAGCCCAGCUACAUUCAGGUACAGCUUCCAAGAUCUACGGCAUGAUGAACUUCCUUGAACAAGGAACCUAUGGUCGUAUUGGCGCUCAAGGUCUGGCACCAAUUAAGGAGAGACAGUAUGAGAAGGGUGUUGUCCUGACAACUCGUAUUUUAAAGAGUUUUGAAGUCAUCGAAGCGAUACUUCGGGACAAGCCGAAACGUCAGUUUUUCAUUUUUCCUCCCGCAUGCCUACGGUUUGUGGGUGCGUCGGAUGCAGCUCUGGAGUGUCCAGGGCAGGGCACCGGGGGGUUCUGUAUCGUCUGGAUGGAUCAGCCUGGGGUCACCAGGGAGGCUUUCAUCGCAGACUUACCACAGGAGGUAUAUACCCUGUGGGAACCAGGCGAUCGCAAGAUUGCACAACUGGAGAUGGUUGUCAUCUUGCAAGCAUUAGUCUGUAGACCACACCGCUUUCGCGAGAGGCGCGGAGCGUGGUUCAUUGACAAUGUGGCGGUCCUUAUGACGUUGAUCAAGGGGUGA